AUGGCUGAAUUGUUUGUUCCAAAGAUAAUUGAUCAACUGAGUAAUGUUCUCGUGAAGCAGUUUGGGGAGAAGGUCAACCUGGUGAUGGGGGUUGAAGAGGAGGUGGCAAAUAUCUCCUCUAAGUUGGCAACCAUUGAAAAAGUGCUGCAUGAUGCAGAGACACGAAGGCUGAAGGACAAAAGUGUUGGAAUUUGGCUAGAAAAGCUUGAGGACAUAACAUAUGAGAUGGACGACGUGCUGGACGAAUGGAACUUCAAGAUUCACAGAGCAAAGAAUGAGGGAACUCAACAGAAUGCCAGAUUGCAGGCAACAUUGUGGAGCAAGAUAAUACUCAUUGAUGGCUCAAAAUGAAGCUACAACAGAAGGCAUUGAGGGAUCAACCUCUACGUCAAUUUGUUCAAAAUCAUUUGUUGAAAGCAUAUGUAGCCUUACAAAUUUCCAGAUUGAAUUUCAAGUGAUUACACA